GCGCAAAGCUACACAGAGAAACCCUGUCUCGAAAAAACCAAAAAAAAGAAAAAGAAAAAAAAAAGAGUUAGGAUCCCAACAAAGCAAGAGACAUCUACAGUAGGAGGAAAGGGCACACAAUUUUGUGUUUUAUUCUAUGAUGAAUUAUGCAAAUGUUUACUGAGCAUCUUCUCUGUCCCAAGGAUUAGUUUAGAUAUUGUGGUGCAGCAGUGCAGUAAAGAGUGCUGAAUUGCUUACAGGUUACACAAAGGAAAUGACCAAAUAUAUUCAUCUGCUACAUCUGGUGUGAGGGAAAACACCAGAGAGAACACGGAGUAAAAGGAAAUGGAGUGAAAGGCGCUUUCGUAUGAGUUUUCUCAUAGGCAAAAAGUUUUAUUAAAAAGUUUAAGUUCCUGACCAUAUGUAGGAAGUGUAUCAUAAACUGGAACUAACAUGUAGAUUUUUUUUUCCUUUAUGAAACUUUACCAAUGGGAACCACAAUCCUGUUACCUGGGAGACAUAAAGUGACAAAGAAGCCCCAGAAGUAUUGACCCCCACUUUAUGCUGAAUUUUAAAUUGCAUGGCUAUGUGUUACUAACUGUAUAAGAUGACUGAUCAAUCAGUACUGUCUUCUUUCAUUUCUGUUUCCCCUAGAGUGCCCCUACUGACUGUAGGGCUUCUAAUGGGUAGGCAGCUUGUCGAGGUUGUUUAUUCCUGUAUUUUUCAGAAUCCGACGCAUUAAUAACAAGGAUUCUUUUUGUUUAGUGAGGGACUGCAUAAUCAGAAUAACGUUGUUCGGUGAUUGAAUUUAUUUCCAAACUUCUGACAACCAAAUAGACUAUAAAAAGAAUGGAACCAUGCAGCGAUCGGCUGAGAAGCAAAAUCAACGCAUGGUGGCGCUGCUGGCUAAGGCUUAAGAAAGGACGAACGCGGAAAAGGGAAAAAAAAAUGCUUCUUCAGAUCUCCGGCUGAAAAGCCCUUAGGCGGAGCUCAAACCGUUAAUUUUACAGAGAUUGCUGCUAACUUACACAUCGGAACAGGCUAUAAACUGAUCGACCGCUGUCUGGGUGCCCUUGCAUCCUGGCUGGGUGCGGAAGCAAAGAUGAAGAUUGGAAGAGAGAGCAGACAAAGGCAAGUUCUGUUGAUCUUUAUCUUACUGGGAGUGGCUGGGGCGGGCUGGGAGCCCCGCCGUUACUUUGUGUUGGAGGAAACACCAAGCGGCACGGUGUUGGCUGAUCUAGUCAAGGACCUAGGGCUGGGAGUUGCGGAGCUAGCUGCUCGAGGAGCCCAGGUGGUCUCUGAGGAUAACGAAUCACACCUGCAGCUUGAUCUACAGACUGGGAAGCUAAUAUUAAAUGAAAAACUGGACCGGGAGGAGCUGUGCGGCUCCAAUGAACCCUGUGUCACUCAUUUCCAAGUGUUACUGAAAAACCCACUGGAAAUAUUUCGAGCUGAGCUACGAGUGGGAGACAUAAAUGAUCAUUCUCCCGAGUUUCCUGAAAGAGAAAUGACCGUGAAAAUCCUGGAGACUAGCUCUAUUGGUGCUGUGUUUCUUCUCAAAAGCGCUCAGGAUUUGGAUGUGGGCAACAACAGCAUUCAGAACUAUAACCUUAGUACCAAUUCUCAUUUCCAUGUUUCCAUCCGAAACCGAGGUGAUGGGAGGAAAUAUCCAGAGCUGGUGCUGGACAAAGGACUUGAUCGUGAGGAGCAGGCAGAGUUCAGGUUAACUCUGACAGCGCUGGAUGGUGGUUCUCCGCCCAGGACUGGCACCUCACAAAUCCGGAUUAUUGUCUUGGAUGUCAAUGACAACGCCCCUGAGUUUGCGCAGGCGCUCUAUCAGGUGCAAAUUCUAGAGAACAGCCCGGUGGGUUCCCUAGUUGCUAAGGUCACAGCCAAGGAUUUGGACAGUGGAACAAACGGAGAAGUAUCGUACACUCUUUUUCAUAGUUCUCAGGAGAUGAGCAAAACUUUUGAGCUAAAUGCUCUGUCAGGAGAGAUUCGACUAAUUAAAACACUGGACUUUGAGACAACAUCUUCAUAUGAAAUAGACAUAGAGGCAUCCGAUGGCGGGGGGCUUUCUGGAAAAUGCUCAGUUUCUAUUCAAGUGGUGGAUGUCAAUGAUAAUUACCCAGAACUAACUAUUUCUUCGCUGACCAGCCCCGUACCAGAAAAUUCACCGGAGACAGAAGUGGCUCUGUUUCGGAUUCGGGACCGAGACUCUGGGGAAAAUGGAAAGACAGUAUGUUCCAUACAGGAUGGUGUCCCCUUUACACUAGACCCUUCCGUUGGGAACUUCUAUAGACUGAUGACAGAAGGAGGGCUGGACAGAGAGAGCAGAGCUGAGUACAACAUCACCAUCACAGUCACCGACAUGGGCACACCCAGGCUCACAACCCAGCACACCAUAACAGUGCAGGUGUCUGAUGUCAACGACAACGCUCCCACCUUUACCCAAACCUCCUACACCCUGUUUGUCCAAGAGAACAACAGCCCCGCCCUGCACAUAGGCACCAUCAGCGCCACAGACUCAGACUCAGGCUCCAAUGCCCACAUCACCUACUCUCUGCUGCCCACCCAAGACCCACAGCUGGCCCUCGACUCCCUUAUCUCGAUCAAUGCCGACAACGGGCAGCUGUUCGCGCUCAGGGCGCUGGACUAUGAGGCCCUGGAGACCUUCGAGUUCCACGUGGGCGCCACAGACCAAGGUUCUCCUGCGCUCAGCAGCCAGGCGCUGGUGCGAGUGCUGGUGCUGGACGCCAACGACAAUGCGCCCUUCGUGCUCUACCCGCUGCAGAACGCCUCUGCAGCCUGCACAGAGCUGCUGCCCAGGGCGGCAGAGCCAGGCUACCUGGUCACCAAGGUGGUGGCAGUGGACCGCGACUCUGGACAGAAUGCCUGGCUGUCCUUCCAGCUGCUCAAGGCCACUGAGCCCGGGCUGUUCAGCGUGUGGGCUCACAAUGGCGAGGUGCGCACCUCCAGGCUGCUGAGUGAGCGCGAUGCUCCCAAGCACAGGCUGCUGCUGCUGGUCAAGGACAAUGGAGAUCCUCCAAGGUCAGCCAGUGUCACUCUGCAUGUGCUGCUGGUGGAUGGCUUCUCUCAGCCCUACCUGCCUCUGCCAGAGGUGGCGCACGACCUUGCCCAGGACAAUGAUGAUUUGCUCACACUGUACCUGGUCAUUGCCUUGGCUUCUGUGUCUUCCCUCUUCCUGUUGUCUGUGCUGCUGUUCGUGGGGGUGAGGCUGUGCAGGAGGGCCAGGGCGGCCUCUCUGGGUGGCUGCUCUGUGCCUGAGGGACACUUUCCUGGUCACCUGGUAGACGUCAGUCGCAACGGGACCCUGUCUCAAAUCUACCAGUAUGAGGUGUGUCUGACUGGAGACUCUCAGAGUAAUGAGUUCAGAUUCCUAAAGCCUGUGUUUUCCAAUAUUCUAGACCAAAACUCUGGUGGGCAAUCAGGAGAUAAUCCACCCUUCCCAAGUAUUUUAGGCAUGUGAAACUUCACGUUUCCCUGGCUGUAUAAUUCUGUCUCUUUUGAUUUUGCAUUUUCUUUUCAAAUUUUGUAGUAAGUUUAUCUGUAUUUGUUUUUCCUUUUCUCUACGAGUUUAGGUAGUGUUGUUGUUUAUAAACUUGUUUACUGUACAAGUAUUUUUCAAGUUGUAUUGUUUUGAGCAUUUUACAUCAGGACACUUCAUGUUCCUGAUUGAACUGACAGUACUCUCUCCCAAAGAAUGUGAAUUUCUUCUAAUGAACACAAUUCUAAUUUUAAAAGUAUGUUUCCUGACACAGGAGAACAGAUUAGUUUAUAUAGUGCCUGUACAGUUUGUUGGAGGCCCUAGGUUGGAUCACCCUGUAAUCCUAGCAUUUAAACGUGGAGGCAGGCUAUCAGGAAUUCAAGGUCAUCUACUACUUAGAGAAUUCAAGCUAGGCCUGGACUAUAUGAUGAACAGGACAUAGUAAGUCCCCCAAAAUAAAAAUGCAUUCCUGAAUUGUGACACCACAGAAAAACAUAUGAUUUCUUAAAAUCACACUUCAUUUUAAAAUUGGAAAUCUUUAGGGUUUUUUUUUUUUGGUAUGGCUAAGACUUCAAUAGCCUUAUUUGUGUUUUCUUUAGUAGCAGUUCAUAUUCAUUAAUGCUGCGUUUCUUCCAGAUUCCCUGAUUAUGUUUUCUAUUCUCUAACAGGAAGUAACAAGGUAAUUUCAAGCUUUUUUUGGAUGUUCACUGUAAAUAUGGUCUCAUGAAAAAAUAUAUCCACAUCGCCUGUUCUUUCUGGUCUAAGUUAACAUAGAAAAGAUUAAAAGCCUCUCCAUUAUCUUUAGCCAAUGGGAGUACUUAGCAUGUUGCUCCCAGACUGCCUGUGUUCAAGAACUUUCUGUAAAGCCAAUAGACUCCAGGAACAAUAAUAUAUUUCUUGCUGUUAUCACUUUUUAUAGUGAGGAAAUCUUGGUGUAAACCCCAAAUUCUUGGCUCAGGAUAGCUUCUGGUGGUAUAGCAUGCUGAUAUCUGCUUGCUUUGGAUGGUGACAUUGCUCUGAUUGAUAAGGAAUUUGGAAGAAAAUGCAUUACAGAAUUAAUAUUAGUUAGCCAAACAAAUUUUAGUAAUGGAUACAUUAAUGUAGUAUUGAAUGAUUAAGAGAAAUUAUUCAGAAAAAAAUGACCUCAAAGAUAUUCAAUCCUGAUCCCUAGAACCUAUGACUAUAACUUUACAUUAUAAAGAUAAAAUACAAAUGAAAUUGAAGUUGUUUAUAAACUAAAUGGAAAGUGGGAAGUAUGUCCUAAAUCAUUUGGAUGGGUCUGAUAGGAACAAUGAAAGCAAAAUUGAGUCUACCUUAAGAUGAAGAAGAACAGCCAGGCAUUGUGGCACAUUUGUUUAAUCCCAGCAUGUGAAAGCAGAGUUUAAGGCCACCCUUUUC